AUGUCGCUGUUCAAUGUUAAUUUCUAUGAGGAAAUUUUCAAAAACGCCUUCACAGAUCACUGGUACUUUAGUCAUAUCCUAGGUGAGCAGGCUAAUGUCAUUUUGACAGUAGCGCCCACGAACUGGACGCCAGAUGUUUAUGGAACAAGGAUUACACUUCGAGAGCAACAGAAAAAUUAUGUACCAUGGGUAAGUAGUACAGAUAGCAUUUGAGGAUCGAUGCAUUUCUUCAUAAAGACGCAGUUGUGAAAAGAAAGGAUAAAAACCAAAGCACCAUAAGGGCUAACGCUAUACUGGAGAAUCUUUUGACAGAUACAUAUAUUUGGAAGCACCGUCUCAGAAUUAGUCCUGUGCCCUUCUCCCUUAGCCAUUGGUUAAUUAUUGGCAUACUGCAAGUUUGCAGUUUAACAAACCAUUAAACAUUUUCCUAAAAAUACUUGCUUAUUGACAAUCUGGGUUAAAAUAAAUAUACA